AUGCCGGGCGUCUCCAACGCCUUGUGCACCCAAAUUUCCAAAGGUGUGACAACGAGCCCGGUGGAGCCCCUGGGCCGACUCAUGUCCGGAAGACAGCCACCCCAUGAGGGAGGCAAACCGAGAAACCCUGAGAUCGGACUUCUCUGCGAGGCAACAAUGUCCGGGCCAACCAGGACGAGAUCAGUUGAGUCGGCGCCUGGAGACCAUCAGAUGCCAAGAUGGGCCAACGAUCCAUGCGUGCACAACGACCAGGGAGAGGAGAUUCUUGUCGCGCUGCAUGGCUCAAGCUGCCCAGAAUGCCAGCAUGUCCCCGGGUUACUCGGUAGUCAGCGGAGAAUUGAUUCCGUGCGAGUGAUGAGCGGCACGGACGAGGCCUGGUCAACUACUAGCCAAGUGGAUGCCAAUGUGGGCAGACCAGCUGUGACCCAAAAAAAAGAGCUGAGCAGCGCCAGCGACCGCACAACAAAUCAGCUUUGA